AGCUGUCAGCUAGUGUGUAUGUACUGUAGUUCACGGUGCUCCAGUCAUGACCCCCCUGCUGCAUGUCUGACUCGUUUACAGCCAUGGUGUGACUGGACCAUCACGUGUGUCUCCCUCCCCACUGCCCUGGCAUGGUCUGCUGCGUCAGGGAUUGGCUUCCCCACAUAAUCCCCUCACCCUCUGUGUGCCUGGGGGCAGCAUUAGACCUCUGUCAUUCUGGUGGGUGCAGCAGCAGCAGCUGGCUCGGGCACACAAGGAGGAUGAGCUGCUAAGAGCUUCACUGCACUGCCUGUGCCUGACAGCUCAUCAUCAUAAAGUCUGGGAAUAAAAUACUAUGGGAUGUGAAAUGUCUGGAUACCUUUGUUUUUGUUUGUUACCUGGAUAAUAUAUUUUCUAAACCAAUCCUGUGUGUGGAUCUGUGACUUUGUCAUGCAAUCAUUGACUUUCUGAAACUUUUUGGAGCUCUUUAUACUAUUAGCAACACAUUUUAUACUUCCCAAAAGUGUUUCAUGUAGAAAAAAGUGAAACAACACCUAAAUCGUUUUUGUUGCUGGAUCUGUUUGUCUGACAUACUUCUGUACAGUUAUACAUUCCAUUUUUAUGAAGAGAAGGAUAAAUCUGGACUUUUUAUCAUUCUUAGAAAUAUUUGUAUUGGUAGAAACAACUACAUCUAAGCAGAUCUGCAGUGCAUCUGAUUUAGCUUGUUUGUCCUAUAAUCUGCCAGUAACAGCCUAAAGGACAAUAUUAAGAAUGCCAGUCAAGAAGCAAGAUACUGAGAGGGCAUUGGCAUUAUUGGAAGAAUACUGCAGCAAAUUAAGAAAACCCAGAGAUCAACAACUCAUACAAGCAAUUGAGAAAGUUGUAUGUAUGUUUAGAAGUAACUUGUUUAAUGCUCUGAUAGAUAUACAGGAGUUUUAUGAAGUAACGUUAUUAAGUUCUCACAUAAAAAAUGAAAACAAACUAGCUGAGCUAAACCACGUGGCAGAUUUAUGGGAGAAGAACAAUUCAUCUUCUAUAGACCAGGAGAGUUUACAGAGAGCCUCAGAGACUGCAUCAGAGGACAUGGCCACACAGUAGCAGGAAAGGCUUUCAACAAUGACCCGUCAAUAUUCAAGUCAUAGCUCUUAGAGCGAUUCCCAUUAUGCUGGCAUUCAAGUGGCGCCCAAGGGACCUCUCCUUGGAGCCCAUCACUGGAAGCAACCCCUGUAUCGGCAGAAAAAGAGUCAUGCCAAUCAUGCUCGGAGCACACCGCUACUGCUGCACAGAGAGAAGAAACUCAGCCUCACAUUGUCUGUCCCCUCAUGGGCAGUAUUAUCAAUGGUACAUCAGCCUCUAAGAAGAACACAAUCAUGAGUUACCAGUGAU